UUUUACUAAUACGCAUGCGUCCAACUGAACAUUCGCAGACUACGGGGUUUCUUAUUACAGAUUCAAGGUGGACCGCACCCCUACAAUUGGAGGAAAUAGCCAAAAUACACUAAUGCCGGGUGAAAUAUUGUGAUAUAAUUAUUCUGUAUGUUAUUUUAAAAGGAUUUUCACCCUUUUUAACUUUUUAUAGAGUUUUUUUUAAUAAAUAAUUCACCAUGAGUAGUGAAUUAGAACAACUACGACAAGAAGCCGAACAGCUCAAGAAUCAAAUUCGAGAAGCCAGAAAAGCAGCAGCAGACACCACACUUGCACAUGCUACCGCCAAUGUCGACCCAGUCGGAAGAAUACAGAUGCGCACAAGACGCACACUGCGAGGUCAUCUUGCAAAAAUAUAUGCCAUGCAUUGGGCUUCAGACUCAAGAAAUUUAGUGUCAGCCUCACAAGAUGGUAAAUUAAUUGUAUGGGACGGAUAUACAACAAACAAGGUACAUGCUAUACCAUUGAGAUCUAGUUGGGUGAUGACUUGUGCCUACGCUCCAUCUGGUAGUUAUGUAGCUUGUGGUGGAUUGGAUAAUAUCUGUUCUAUUUAUAGUUUAAAAACCCGAGAGGGAAAUGUCCGUGUCAGUCGAGAGUUACCAGGUCACACUGGUUACCUGUCCUGUUGUAGGUUUAUAGAUGAUAACCAAAUAGUGACCAGUUCUGGAGACAUGUCAUGUGCAUUAUGGGAUAUAGAAACAGGCCAACAGACAACAGCUUUCACAGGACACACUGGUGAUGUUAUGAGUUUGUCACUCUCCCCAGACUUUAAAACUUUUGUAUCUGGAGCAUGUGAUGCUUCAGCUAAAUUAUGGGAUAUAAGAGAUGGUAUGUGUAGACAAACAUUUUCUGGCCACGAAUCGGAUAUCAAUGCAAUAACAUAUUUUCCAAAUGGAUAUGCCUUUGCUACUGGAUCAGACGAUGCAACAUGUCGCUUGUUUGAUAUCCGUGCUGACCAAGAGAUAGGAAUGUACUCCCACGACAACAUUAUAUGUGGUAUAACAUCAGUUGCCUUCUCCAAGUCUGGCCGUCUGUUGCUGGGUGGAUAUGAUGAUUUUAACUGCAAUGUAUGGGAUGUUCUCAAACAAGAGAGAGCAGGUGUAUUAGCAGGCCACGACAAUCGUGUCAGUUGUCUAGGGGUAACCGAAGACGGAAUGGCUGUUGCCACAGGAUCAUGGGACAGUUUCUUGAAGAUCUGGAAUUGAGGAGGGGCACACAUUGUAGCCCCCCUCCAUUUUAUAAUCCUGACUAUAAUUUUUAAAAAUGACAAAAAAUCCACGGGAUCUGUUGUGAUUUUAGAACUAGAAACAGAUCUUGAUCAAACCACUUGUAUAUGUUUAGGGGGGAGGAGUGUAAAACUGUGGAUGGAAUUCUGUUUGAUGUUUAUCAUAUGUUUGCUUUAUAGUUAGGAUACAAACCUUUUGAAAAGGAAAAAAUGGAACAACAUAUUUUACAUUGGAUAUAAAGGAGAAUAAUUUCGUCUGUGAAUAUUUAGUGUAAUUGGAAUAGAAGACGUCAAACAUUAAAUGUUUCAUUGCAUUUUUAACAUAUAACGGAAGAUCUUUGGGAUAUUUUCAAAGUGUGGAUGUGACCAGAUGUGCUUGGUUAUGUGUGUUUCUUAUUUUGAAAAAAAUCGUGCACUUAGAACAAAUUUAAAAAAUUCGAAAGUUGGCUGUGUACCGUUCUAUUGUGUAACUCCAUGUAAUCCUAACUCUAGUUUUCUUUUUUAAAGUGCUUAUAAAUAUUGAUUUUGUGUUUUCUUGCACUGUGUAAUGUUCAUCUUAUUGUAUAAAAUCAUAGGAUUACACAGAUUAAAAUGGUACCAGUUCAAAACUGGAAACAGGUAUACUAUCCUUACAUAGUAUAGUUGUAGUUUUGUGUUUUUUUCAGGUUGAAUCUCUUCAAAAUAAAAAAAAUAAAAGGUCCAUUCACUUUGAGUGAAUGAUCAGUUAAAAAAUUUCUACUGUAUAUAAAUUUUAAAAAAAAUCAUUAAGAAUCAGACCGAAGUAUUAAAAAAAUGGUUAAAUAUGGUAUUUUCACAAAUUUUUAAAUUCACUUGGACACUAAAGAAAAAUAAAUGUUAAUAAAGCACCACUUAUGUUCAGAAAGAAAAUGUAUUUUUAAAUGUAUUUCUGAUAUUUUUCAUUCAUUUUUAAAUUAAUGUGCAAACAGUGUUGCAUGCUAGGAGUGCAAAGAUUUUGCCAAUGAAAUAGUGCAAUGGUAUAAUAUAUAUAUAUAUAUAACUUAAUUUUACAUGGGAUUGUAUUGUAUGUUUUGAAUUUUCUGUUAGUUUGAUACAGAAUUUAAUAUCUUUUGUAUGUUUAUUUUCUUACGUUCUAUAAAGUCUCAAGGUUCAUGUUCAAGCCAUUACAUACAUACUCUUCUAUUUAAUGUUUUUGUCAUGUUUAAUAUUUAUGUGAAGUAAAACGGAGUUGUUUCGAAUACAUUUGUUUUUAUAAAUCUUUUCUUGUCUGGAAAUAAUUUAAAAACACAUUUGUUUUUAUAAAUCUUUCUUGUCUGAAAAAUUUAAAAAGCAUCAAAAGUUGAAAAAUUCAAAAAUAAUUUUUGAUUUGAACUUUAUCAUUUGACCUUUACUGGGAGGUUGGAUUCUGGGUAAUAUGUAUGUUUUAAUAGCAGCAUAUAUCCUGCAUAUUUAUCUGUGUGAGAGGUGUACGAACGAUAAGGAUGUUCAGUUCAAAUAUUUUUGAGCAGUCUGUCCCAGUUAAUUAUAUUCUGAAUGUAUGUAGAUAAAAUAUAUAUAUGUAUUCUUAUUAUAACUUUAAAUCAUGUUUUUAAGGCAGAUUAAUUUUCUCCCACCCCCUUAGUUUGUAUGAGCACAUGCAUAAAUGUAGUUCUGAUAAGAUACGUUAACACGAUCAUACAUGAGCUCAAAACCUGUGCGGUUUUUUUUACGAAAAAGAUCUGAACAAGAACAAAGGUUCGUAAAGGAACGAACAUUACAGUUCAAUUUAUGAUCAAUUUCAAUUGUUAGAUUUUUUUUUGUAAGAAAAGCCACAUGAUAUUUAUCAUAAUUUACCAUGUACUAAUGGACCAUAAUAAUUUUUCAUCUCAUAAAACUAGCACAAUUUGGUAUUCUGUACUGGUCUUAUAAUUUUUAUAAAAGCAGAAAGAAUCAGGUUUCGAUAAUACAUGUAAAUGGUUAACCAAAGGGGUUGUACGCAAAUUUAGAAAAAUCAAUUUCAAAUUGUGAGUUUUCGUCAAAUCUAAAGAGCAGAUUUAACAGAAAUUUUAGAUGACAAUUCAAAUACCUGUACAUGUAGUUGUUUCAAACUAUGUGUGAUAAUUAUUUCUCAAUCCCAUGCAUUUAUAAAUUUUUUGUCUUUAGCAAAUUAUUUUAAUUUUGAUUCUGAUUUUGCUUAUAUUUAAGUUGAAUGGUAGUGUUGUAUGUAUAGCCAUAACACAUAAACAGUUUCCGUCAAGUUAUUUAGAGGAUUUUUUUUAUUUUUCUUAUUAAAUUUUCUGCAGAUCGAAAAAGUGACUCUUCAAGUCUUUUUUCAAAAACAGUAAAAUUAAUUGAGAGAUUUGAGUAGAUAAAGCUAAAAGUAAGUACAUAGUAAUUUGUGUAUCUUUAGUCCAAGAAUCCUACCACGACUAAAAUUCUUUUCCUCAGAAAUCACUAUUACCAUAACAACUCAGUAUAGGGUUCUCACUAAGAUGAUCCACAAGUUUUGGACUUGCAAAAAGUACUUGACUCGCCAUUUUCUAAACAGUUGAGGUCCAAGUUGCAUCAAGAAUCAAUAGCAAUGAUCAACUAUUUUAUUACCAAAAUAAAUUAUACUAGUAACUUAAAUCUUAUUUAAUUCAAUAUAUUUAGAACAAAAGAUUUGAUGAAUAAUGAAAUGACAGGGUUAUUGAUUUUUCUUAAAACUGCAGAUAUACUGUGGCAAAAACUGACCAGUCACAUCCAUGGACUGAAAAUUUCUUAGUGAGGACCCCCAAUAAGGUCAAACAGGUUUCAAAGAAACAAAGGUUCUCUUAAGAACUACCUUGUGUAACAGUAUGAGAAGUAUUGAUAUGGACUUUAUAACAAAUCUCUGUAUCUCUCUUGAUACUACAAGUUCAACUGAAUACCAUGUCUGUAAUUAGUGGCAUUAGACUGCCACCUAGAUUACCAUGGCAACCCCUGCAAUUACUAGUCUUAACACACAUUAUUAUUGUUGAAUCUGUCUAGAAUGUGUAUUUGUACUUUUCAUUUGUCAAAUAAAGCUUUUUGUCAUUAA